UCUAUACGAGGCGUCAGUCUAUGUAUAAAGUCGGAAGUAUCGUAGUAUACGGAUUGUUAAUACCGUGGAAAAUAUCAUUCAACAACGAACUGCGAGAUAGCACGCGUACAUUUGUUUGAAUCCACUAGGCGGACAACGCUUAGGUAAACCGAAUAAAAAUCGCUUCGACGAGGACCACGAAGCGUUCCUUGAGCUACCAGAGCCGAGAUCCUUUGCUGCCUAGGUUCUGGUCAGGGUCAGUGCGCGGGACCAUCCCGCCUCGAGAGAUUCAUCGAACAUUGUUUUCCAAAUUUCCAACAUCGUUGCAACUUGUCGAAAUUAUUUUCGAAUUGAAAAUAAUUAGAGCUUCUGUAAAUUUGCACCUAGAAGAACGAAGAGAAUAAAUCAAUAGAGAAAAAGCUUUCUUCAAGGAGGAAUCGUCUCGUUUUUGUUCAUCAUCGUUUCAACAGACAGGCGACAGCCUUCGCAUCUUCUCUUUUGCAACAUUUUGAAGAAUUCGUCUACACGACAGGAUGAAACUAGUACUCUUAGCGACUCUGCUGGCGGUCCUGUAUACCGUCGACUAUUCCAAUAGUGCUGCAGUCAGAUCGGAGGAAUUCGCUGAACAGUUGCGCAGGAUUGUCCAUGAAAUGCACCCCGAUAACCUAAGAACACAGAGAGCAACCGAGAGCGGAAAUGACGACCGUCCGAAACGGAAUUGUUACGGUACACCCUGCGGAUGGAAUACAUACAAUCCUGUCACUCGGCGAGGCACAAUUUUCAUGCCGAAUACAUGUAAGUGUCCUGACGACACGUACAGGUGCGUGCGUACAGGCGAAAAUUUGUCCAUGAGUGCGUACGUAUAUCACUGUCGUCAAAAUACGACAUCGGACGAUAUUGAAGGCGAAACGUCCGAAGAUAUGGAUUAUCUUAGUUAAGAAAGAUGCAGACAUACCUGAAUAACAAACGCCUUUUCGAACAACCGUUGUUAUGGUGUUGUCACCGUCCUCUUCACUGUGUCACCAUCGAACGAAGCGAUCCUCCGUUCUCUCCUCCAAGGAAUAUUCAACACUCAAAUUAAAUACUACAUACGGACUACAUAUGGAUACGUAAAUCUACAAAAGAAAACGUCACGCUGCCACAAUAUAUUCGCGUCAAAUAAUUGUAUACGUCAAAAAUGGGCAUCUUGCUGUCUAACGAGACGCCGCUUGUGUAUAAGAUACAGCGGGAAGAAAAUCAAAUACCGGUUCGAUAUUUGAAAUUAAAUAUGGCCGCGAUACUAUUUUGAUAAUCGAAAUUACUGAAAAGCUAGGAUAAGAAGUUUUUCAACAAUUCUUCAAUCUCAAAACAUAAAUCGACAUAACCGUAUCGAUCUAAUUUGAAGAUUUUUAACGAAUUUGUAGUAUUUAUAGAUAAAUAAAAUGAAAAUCGGAUAAGAUUGGUUAGAUGUAGUAAACGGAAUAUCGGUUUACCGGCGCGUGAAUGUUAGAAUAAACUUUCAGUAUAAAAUAACAUUUUAAUUAUAGACUAACACGUUUAUAAGAUAUUUUUAUGCACAAGUUUCUCUAUGAUGAUUAUCUACGAGAUUUUGAUAAUUCUCGCAAGAAACGUUGUUAAAAAUUAGUAAUUUUACCUUAAUUACACGGAACGAAUCUUCGAACGACGCACCAACGUCGCUUCGGAAUCGUAAACUGCGCGCGCAUAUUCCGUGUCGCUAUGAGCAAGAUCUCGCGCAGUAGCGCCAUUUUCAGACUCAUUUAGCUUCUACUACACUGUAAAUUUGAAUUUCGUUACAAGUCUUUAAACAAAAAUGAUGAAUAUAGAAGUGUUGUGUAAUUUUGAUGUAAAACAAAUAACAAAGGGGGAAAUUGAACUGCUAUCGUUCGAAAUAGACAAGACGCACGGAACACAAAGCCGUAAGUUAAUCGCAGUUUUUCUUCAAAUUACUCAUAUAGAAAAUUCAUCAUAAGGUAAUCAAGCGAUAACUAACAUACAUCAAUAUUUUAUGAUUUUUAAUAAUAAGUUUCAUUAUACUUUCUUGGCAUAAAAUAGUAGGAAGUAUGUAAUGAAAUCUUUUCAGACCUGAUUGAUCUUAUGGAAAUAAGUUAUUAACGAUGAAUUUUAAUCGUCUAUACAAAAAUAUCUGAUUUGUAAAAAAGCUACAUAAUUUUUUGAAAAAUGGAUAAGAUCGGGUCUAAGAAGAUUCAAGUUUGUAUCAAACUUUAAUAAGAUCCAAACUUCGUAUUCGUAAUUUUAUUCUUAAGCUACGAUGCUUACCAGAAGUAAGUAAACUUCUAUUUGAAAUUUUGAAAUAUUCGGAAGCCUCGUCUUUGUCUACUUUUUGUAAAAUUCUAUUUAUUUACGUCAAUCCAGUACUCAUGGUUAUUAUGAAAACAUAUCUUUCAUUUAUCAUAAUUUGAUCCAUAAAAGAAUAAAACGAAUACGAAACUUUAAUAUUUUCAUCGGUAACCAUGAAGUUGUCGAGAAUCGAUUUUUUUAAUCGAAUACAAAUCUCGGCGAUUCGAUGUGCUGAUUUCUAUUCGAAUUUCAAAAUACCAGUUACGAAUAAGAAUGAAUUUAUUUUUUACUGCACCUCAUCGGCCAUUAAUAAUAAAUAAUGUAAUUACUUUUAAGUCAACGAACACCUUAGAAGUACUCAAGGUGGUGUAAAAUUAUUUUGUACUUAAAAACUUAAAAAUUUGUAUAUCAUUAUCGACUAUUUAUAACGUGCAAUAGUAACAUAUAGUUGAUGAAAGAAAUGCAGCAGUUUAGGUUACGAUCUCGUUAUGUUUCUUGCAUCGACUAUAAUUAUAUCGUUCGAUUAUUAUAAAGGUCAUAUUCGAAUUUUUACUUAAAAACCAAAGAGAUUCUUACUUCAAUUAUUUUCCAUCCGAUCGACUCUUUACAUUUCACAGAUAUAUUACACCGUCUUGUGAUUGCUUUGCAACAAUCUCGAAUAUUAUUAUCGAGAUAAAAUAAAACCGAGAUGAUGAUAGAUCAUCUUGUUUCUCGUUUUCAAUGGUGUCGAAAUAGAUAUACAUGAAAGGAUAAAAUAGAAAAGUAAUUAUAUAGAACAAUUUGUCUACACGUUUGCAAUAUCAAUCGUAUUGUAAGUUUGUUGAAAAAUUAGAUAAUUUGAUCCUUUACAUGUAACGCCCAAUGCAUCUAGAAAAUGUUGGUUUUCUUGAUACAGAAAAUACUUAAAAGUUAUUUGAACGAAUUAAUAAUUUCGAAUACCCCUUACUGUUUCAAGAGAACGUAUAGAAAAUAAUACAGACAAUGUAUUCGUAUGCAGUAUUUCACUUAAUAUUUAAUACACAGGAAGAGUAAAUUAUCUAUAGUUGUACGACGAUUACCAAUGUUAUCAUUUUUAAUAAAAAUACGUAAUGUUGCUGGAAA